AUGAACUUCCUGGAUUGGAAACCAGUAUUGUGGUUUUUCCCAUUGAGUUACAUCAGUGUUGUGGAAGAGGUUGCAAUAGAACACGUUGAAGUGAGCAAACGCUACAACAAUAUUAGUGACAAGGAUCAGAUGCCUACUAUCAAGGAUGCUGAAUUGAACUAUAAACUGGCUGUUGAUGGAAAUCUUUAUGCUGAUGAUUCUCAAUCGCUGAAACCGGCUCCACCAGCAAUUCCAGUUCAUUCUUUGGCCAGCAAGGCAAGUAAUGGAUUACUGGGAGAGAUUAAGUAUGCGCUUGUGUUGCUCACGUCGCACAUCUUUGCUUUGUACUCGAUUGGUGAAUUUAGAUUGUUCAACAAAUUGUCGGGAAUUUACUACAGUUUAUACCAAGCAAGACUCAAACUUCUUAAUGGUAUUUUGACCGAUAAUGAAGCAAAAGUAGCCAAGGAAACUGCUACUUUUCUUUUGGACAAGAUUCCCAAGAAAUUGGCUUCUAGAGCUGCCAGAUUGAAUGCCGUCAGUUAUGACUUGGACAACCUGAAUACUGACAUUUCUGGCUACAAGGCCAUUCUUUCUAGAGACACUACUUCUGGCGAUUUGUUGUCCAACGACAACGCUCUUCCUUCCAGAAUAUCUUUGAACCAGGUAUUGUGUGCCUUAGCUGCAAACUUUCCUAUCAAUGCUCACAGCAAUCUUCAACAGUAUUCCUUAGAUGCUCCAGUGAACAAACUUACCAAACAUGAGCCACCUUCUCAUAUUUUGGUUGAUUUCAAGUCAGUGUCAGGAAGUUCAGCAUAUCAGCCUCCAGGAUUUGCUGGUAUGAUUGCUUACAUGUACAUUCGUAAUUCGAAAAAGAGAUUGACAGAAGCUUUUGCGGUUCAUACUGACUCGGUUGAUGAUUUGGUACAUGUUUGA